AAACUCUUCAGUCGAAACCACAGUCGAUCAACCGAGUCGAAAGUUGAUAAACUCAAAUUUUCUAUUUGAAAAAAGAAAAAAAAACCCCCCCAACAAAUUCAAAAUGUUCAAAUUGUGUGUUCUCUUUGCUUUGGUUGCAUGCAGUAUGGCUGCACCAAAACCUGGUUUCGUUGCAUCGCCAGUGGUUGCUGCUGCGCCACUUGUACACACUGCCUAUGCUGCGCCAGUGGCCACCAGCUACGCCAACACCUAUAAGGUUUCUGUGAAGAGUCCAGCAUUGGUUGCUGCAGCACCUCUUGUUCAUGCUGCACCCGUUGUUCAUGCUGCACCUGUUGUUCACACUGCACCAGUCUAUGCCUCACCAUUGGCCUACCAUUCUGCACCAUUGGCUGUUGCCCAUUCUGCACCAUUGGCCCUUGCUGCUCCAGCUGCCUACAUUCAUUAAUUUUUUUUCUUCCAAAUUUCAAGUCCAACUCUGUUUAUAUGUAAAAAAGAUUCAAUAAAAAAUUUUGUGUUCAACUGAA